GGUCGAGGACUGUUUCGGAUCUGUUGAGGAACCAGGAAGUGUGCGURUCACCUUAAAGUGACGGUGAGCAAGUAGCAAGGGAGAGGAUCCAGGGAGAUGCGCGCCGUGUUGCGCCUGGUUGUAGUGGCUGUCCCGAUGGGUGUGCUGCUGUCCCGGACCAUGGCCUUAAUGUCCAGUGGGAAGACACAUCCAGAGCUCAUCAACAGGCUGAGAGAUCAGGGAGUCAUUCGUAACGACAGAGUGUUCGAAGCCAUGCUGGCCACAGACAGAGGGCUUUACUCUAGAGACUAUCCUUACGCAGAUUCUCCGCAGACCAUAGGCUACAGGGCAACCAUCAGCGCACCCCACAUGCACGCGCACGCUUUGGAGCUGCUGAGCGACAAACUGAUCGACGGCGCCACGGCUCUGGACGUAGGUUCAGGCAGCGGAUACCUCACAGCCUGCUUUGCCAGAAUGACAGGUUCCAGCGGGAGAGCGGUCGGCAUCGAACACAUCGAUGAACUGGUGCAGAUGGCGAUGAAGAACGUGCGAGCCGACGACCCUGAACUGCUGUCAUCUGGACGGGUGAGAUUUAUAGUGGGAGACGGAAGACUUGGUUUUCCAGACGGCGCGCCAUACGAUGCCAUCCAUGUUGGUGCUGCUGCAGCUACUGUUCCCAAGGCUCUCUUGGAGCAGCUGAAGCCAGGGGGUCGGUUGGUUCUUCCCGUGGGCCCUGAAGGAGGCAGUCAGGUGUUGGAGCAGUACGAUCGUCAAAGCGACGGGACCUUCCUGAAGAAAGCCUUGAUGGGAGUGGUUUAUGUUCCACUCACUGACAAGAGGCACCAGUGGCCGGGCGCUGAGCUCUGACUGCAGUGUGGUUGCCCCUUCAGGAGGUGGCGCUGGUGCUGCGUGUCUGGGCUCCCGUAGAGCUGCUGCUGCGUUCACGAGCUUCUCAGCCGAGUUCCACACAAACAAGGAGAAUCUUGAUCCCAAACAGACUAUCUUCCUGGAGAGUGGACACGAUAAGUAACUGAAUAAGUGACCUCUGGGUCACUGAUUGCCGUGUUCCUGCAGUUCUUGGCGUAAACAGGAAUGUUGAUGAGAAAGUACUGGCAGCACUGUUUAUGAGGAAGCUGGUGAAGCAAUGACCUAUUACAUCGUGGAMGCAACAGUAAUUGUUAAAAAUGCUUGUAGGAGAAAUGUGUGUGCAAUCUUAAGGGAAUGCUUUGAUUACAAAUGCAGUAAAAACAUGGAAAAGCGACAAAACUAUAACAAAAUUUGCAUAAUUUAGCAAGAAAUAUUUUGCAGAAAGGUUUUUACUUGUGUACAGUAUGUGUAGAAUAUGUCCUGUUUGACAAUGGAUGUGCCAGAAAAAACUGACGUUUUUGAAGAAUGCACAUAUUGUUUUUAAUUGUGUAAAUUAAAAUGAAUCGUUAAAGAAAA